AUGAGUCGACCUGGGAUUAUUAUACAUUAUGGUGGUGAAUUGGUGAAUGACAAGUAUCUUGGUGGACAAAGAAGGUUUCACUUAAUUCCUCCUGAUGGAUUGAAGUAUUCGAGCUUGAUUAGUCAUAUUCAUUUGCUAGUUGCAGCUGACAUGAGCUCUAUGUGUUAUCUAUUAAGUUCAGUUGUUGUGGCACCUGAUGGAGAUAACAUUGUAAUGAAUGUUAUGAAUGAUUUGGAUUUGCAGUAUGUUAUUGAUACUUCUGAGGUUCCCAAAGUGUUUGUGACUGUUUCACCUCAUUUGUUGGCUGGACCUGUUGUUGGAGAUGGCUUUGCUAAUGAUAAUCUGUAUGAAAACAUUGACGAUAUUGAUUUUUACUUAGAUGAUGGUGAUGAGGUUUCUGAUGAUCAGGAUAGUCUUGAUGACUUGGAUGAUGAUUUACAGCAGGAUGUUCCCACUGUUGUUAGAAGUCGACAUAUAGUUCCACCUUUGCCAUCUUCUUCUUUUGUUAAUGAUGGUUUGGAUGAUCAGAGCAUUAAUGUUGAUACUAGCAGUAUGCGGCAAUGGAUUAUUCCAGGUGCAAUGUAUCAAGCUUCGUUGCCUGUCGAUGGAGCUAUUGAUGUUGAGUUAUAUUCUAGAGAUUCUUUAGCUGUUGGAUCUACCUAUAUGGACAAAGAUAGUAUGAUUACUGCAUUGGGUCUGUACCACUUGAAGAAUCGAGUUGAAUUUGUUGUUAGUAGGUCAUCCACUAGCAGAUUUAAUGCUAACUGCAAGUAUCCAGAUGAGUGCCAAUUUUUGAUGCGUGCGACUGCUUCAGGUACAGUUUGGAGGGUGAUCAAGUGGAUUGCACCCCACACUUGUCAGAUGGAUUUUCGCCACCAUGGUCCACGUACGGUUUCUUCAAAGAUUAUUUGUGCUUUUUUUGCACCAACAUUGAUGCACAAUGGUGCAGUUCUGAAGCCUAAGGAGAUGGCAGCUCAAUUGCAGCGAGAGUAUGGAUUUCAUGUUGACUAUUCAGCUGCUUAUGCCGGGAGGAAUCACGCCAUCAAGCUUAUUUAUGGCGAUCCUGAUAAGUCUUUUCAGUUGAUCCCCUCAUAUCUUCAUAUGGUGCAGCAUUGCAACCCGGACUCGAUUAUUGAUUUGGAGACUAAUGGAGAUGAUGUCUUUAAGUAUUGUUUUAUGGCUCUUGGUGCUUGUAUUCGUGGUUUUUUAUCAUCUGGACGUCCUGUUGUUGUUAUUGAUGCUACCCAUUUGAAAGGAAAGUAUAAGGGUGUGAUGUUUGUUGCUGUGACAAAGGAUGGAAAUGAACAGGUUUUCCCAUUAGCUGUUGGAUUGGGUGAUAAGGAGAAUGACAGUUCAUGGUUAUGGUUUCUUACACGGUUGAAACGAGCUUUUGGUGUUUUAGAGAACAUGUUAUUUGUUUCAGAUCAGCAUAUCAGUAUAAAGAAUGCUGUUGAAGCUGUGUUUCCUGGAGUUCCUCAUGGUCUUUGCACAUAUCAUUUACAGAAGAACCUUGCAAGAUAUGGUGCAAAUGUUGUAGCUAUGUUUCAAAGAGCUGCAAAUAGCUACAAGAGGGAGCAAUAUGAUUUGCAUUCUGGGCAAUUGGCCUUAGUUCGUGACAAAGGUGCAUAUAAGAAGUUGAUGGAUCUUCAGCCAUCUAGAUGGGCACGUAGUCAUUGUGGAGUUCGUAGAUAUAACUUCAUGACGUCUAAUUGUGCCGAGGUAUUCAAUGAAAGGCGUAGCAAGGCUUUGGCAAGAACUCAUCCACUUACAGAGUGGGCUGCAUUGAAACUAGACAUUUCAGUUGAGGAAGGUCGGAGAAUGGAUGUUAAUGCAAUUAAUGCAUUCAAAUUCACAGUUUCUUCUAGUGAUCGAAACUAUGUUGUUGAUCUUCGUGCUAUGAGUUGUUCUUGUCAUGAGUUUGAUCUUGACUUGAUCCCUUGCCCUCAUGCUGCUGCUGCUAUAUUGAAGUCAAAGCAAUCUUGCAUUGCUUUUGUGUCUAGCUACUAUACAAUGCAGACGUUACGUGAGAUGUAUUCUAUUGAUGUGAAUCCUAUCCCUCAUCAAGAUGAGUGGUAUGUUCCUGCAGAUGUGAGUUCAAGGGUUGUUGGUGCACCACAGAAUCCUAGUCAAUCAGGGCGUCCACGGACUUCUAGAAUUCCUUCAACAAUGGAAUCUUCUACAAAGUCACGUGUUAGUGUUUGUUCAAGAUGCCACAAAUCAGGUCAUUACAAGUCAAAGUGUAAAGAAGAAAUUUCAAUUCCCGUAGAAAGUGAUGAGCAAGAAGUUGAUCGUCCUCGUCGUGCUAAGCAUUGCAGUAUUUGCCAAAAGACUGGGCAUACAAAAAGAAAGUGUCCGUCACUUAAUCCAAGUGCUUGA